UGCGCAUGUCACAUUACUAGAGCAAACAUGGACGUCAGGUGUGAGAGUCUGACCUGAACAUGGUCCCUCCGCUCACCUGCGGGACAACCCAGCUCAUUCAGCCAGUGGAGGACAGACAGGAGGCAUGACAGAGGAGAAAUGUCCCCAGCUGGUGGACUACUUUGUGGUGGCGGGUCUGGACCCUGGAGGGUCCUGGAAGCCCCUGGACGAGGACGGAAAGGCCUCGUCCUCGUCCUCGUCCUCCUCCACGUCGUCGUCCUCGUCCUACUCGUCCUCGUCGGGCCGGGCGUCCGACCCGGUCUCGGACCUGGUGGUGAUCGCCCGGGGACUCGGGGAGGACGUCCCUGAAGGCUUCACCUGCAUCGAGAAGACGCUGGGGGGACACUCGGCCGAGCUGAGCGCCGGCCUCAUCAACAACCCUCACCUGUACCUGUGCUACCGGCGGGGGAGGGACAAGCCCCCCAUCCUGGACCUGGGGGUCCUGUAUGAGGGGAAGGACCAGCUGAAGCAGGGCUGGUUCGUCAUUGAGACGACGCCCUACAGCCGCUCCGCCAGCCUGAGUUCUGGGGGGGGGCCCGCGGCCCACCGGGUCUUCCUCACCUACCGCCGGGCCCUGGACUCCCAGGGGCUGCACGGCCUGGGGGUCACCGACAUCGCCCUGCUCCUCCCCAGCAAAGGGGAGGUGGCCCCGCACACCUUCAGCCGGGUCGACAAGAACCUCAACACCGGCAUGUGGGGUCCAGCUCUGUUCAUAUGCUACAAGAGAGCUGUGGCUAAAGCUAACGCCUUGGUCUACGAAGCCAGCCUGAUCAGCCGGUACCCUGAGGAGGACCUGGAGGCGUUUCCUCUGCCGGAGUCGGUGCCGGUCUUCUGUCUGCCCAUGGGCGUCACCGUGGAGAGCUGGCCUCUGAACACCAAGUACCAGCUGCCCGUCUUCUCCACCUUCGUCCUCACGUCCGCCUCCGGGGACAAGGUCUACGGAGCCGCCAUCCAGUUCUACGAGUCGUUCUCCCGGGAGCUGCUGUCGGAGCGUCAGAGCGUUCGUCUCGGGCUCCUGAGCGUCGUCGACCGGCGGCCGAUCUCCAACCGCAGCCUCCAGGUGAAGAAGAGCAUCUGUGUCCUGUCCCACUGGCCGUUCUUCACCGUCUUCCAGAAGUUCCUCACCUUCAUCUACAGAUACUCCAUCUCUGGGCCCCAUGUGCUGCCCCUGGAGAAACACAUCUCCAGCUUCAUGCACAACGUCCCCUUCCCCUCCCCCCAGAGACCCAGGAUCCUGGUCCAGCUUUCUCCGUACGACAACCUCCUGCUCUGCCAGCCGGUUUCCUCCCCACUGCCCCUCAGUGGGGCGAGUUUCCUGAAGCUGCUCCAGAACCUGGGUCCAGAAAACUGCUGCACUCUGCUCUUCUUCGUCCUCACCGAACACAAACUGCUGCUGCACUCGCUCAGACCGGACGUCCUGACCUCCGUCAGCGAGGCGCUGGUCUCCAUGAGUUUCCCUCUGCGUUGGACAUGUCCCUACAUCCCUCUGUGUCCACUGCAGAUGGCGGACGUCCUCCUGGCUCCGAUGCCGUUCAUCGUGGGCGUCCACUCCAGCUACUUCGACCUGUACGACCCCCCCAACGACGUGGUCUGUGUGGACGUGGACACUAACACCAUCUUCCAGCUGGAGGAGAGGAAGCCGUUGUCAUGGCGAUCGUUACCCAGGAAACAGGGCAAGGCUCUGUUCAACAGUCUGAGCCAGUUACACCAGACGCUGGAGAAGAUUUGUACUCCCGGCCAGGAGGAGGCGACGCUGGAGUUCCUGCUGACGGACUACGACCAGAUCUACCGGCGCCAGAAGCAGCUGGAGCUGGAGAUCCAGGAGGCCUUCCUUCGCUUCAUGAGCAGCCUGCUGAGAGGAUACAGGAGCUUCCUGCUGCCCAUCACCCAGGCUCCGUCCGACACCACCACGGACUGCAGCUCCCUGUUCAACCUGCAGGGUUUCCUGAAGUCUCGUGAUCGCUCUCAGCAGAAGUUCUUCGUCCAGCUGACCAGGACUCAGAUGUUCACUCAGUUCAUAGAGGAGUGCUCCUUCGUCAGCGACCGUCACGCCUGCCUCGAGUUCUUCGACGAGUGCGUCCAGAAGACGGAGGUGGAGAAGGCGGAGGAGGAGGUGCGUCUCAUCGACCUGGAUGAGACUCACGGUGGAGAACACACCGUCUUCAUCAUGCCCCCAGAGGAGCCGCAGGAGGCGGACGGCUCCGAGAGCCCCGCCCUUUACAGGUACGAGACCUUCCCCACCCUCAGACCAGACCUCUUCGACCGGCCCCAGGACCAGCUCCGCCUCCCAUCCAAGGGCAGCGCCCCCAGUAGCCCCGCCCCCCGCCGCACAAAGCAGGAGAUCAAACUGGCCCAGAAGAAAGCCCAGAAGUACUCGGCUGAGUCGGACAUGUGGUCCAAGUGUCUCCUGGGACACUGCUACGGCCUGUGGUUCAUCUACCUGCCCACCUUCGUCCGGGCCGAGAGCGCCAAGGUCCGCGCUCUGCACACGGCCUACGACGUCCUCAAGCACAUGGAGAACCGCAAAGUGGUGCUACCAGACGAGGUGUGCUACCGGAUCCUGAUGCAGCUGUGUGGGCAGUACGGUCAGCCCGUCCUCGCCGUCAGAGUCCUGCUGGAGAUGAAGAAAGCUGGAAUCACUCCCAACACCAUCACCUACGGAUACUACAACAAGGCUGUCCUGGAGAGUAAGUGGCCGUCGACCAAUCAGGGCGGGCGUCUGCGCUGGGCCAAGCUGAGGAACGUCCUAUUGGCCGUGGCCCAGUUCCGACGGCCAAUCAGACGGAGGCAGAAGAGCGGCUCUGUGGGAUCACGAGGAGAAGCAGUGAUGGAUCCAGAGCACAGGCCCCGCCCACACUCCUCUCUGAUUCGCCAGGCCAGCUGGAGCGGUUUGAGUGACAGCUCCAGCCACGAGUCUCUGAUGGGUCUGAUGAAGAGCAACAGUCUGGACGGCAUCAGGGCGCCUAGCAACCAGGUCAGAAUGUCUCAGAGGACCGUCCUUCAUGGCGCUGAGACCAACGGUUGCGGAGACGUUGUGUCCCGUAAACCUCCGCUGGGACCCAGAGACACGUCCACUCCUCCUCCUCCUGCUGCGCCUCCUGGUGGAGUCCUGGUGCGUCGCAGUCAGGUCUGCCUCUCCAACUUCUACAAGGAGUGUUCAGAGACGGAGUCGGACUGUAGCUGCCAUCCUACGGAGAGGGACGGCAGACCCGUGGGAACCAGAGACUCCUCUGUGAGGAACAAGGCGGUCGAUGAGAACUACAACAAUGUCUCCUCCCCGAGUCGAGGAGGUCUGGCCGUCAAACUGCAGCAGCUCCUCACGCCGACGCGCCACCGAGUGUCGGGCCGCCGGGCCACAAGCGUGGACGCCCGGCGAGGAGGAGGAGGAGGAGGAGGAGGAGGAGCAGGAGGACGAAGAGUCUCUGAGCACAGACAGUCCAGGAAGGCUCAGGUGGCUGAAACGCUGCUGAAAGCAAAGGAGCGACUGGUCAACGCCACCUCAGAGAGCUCGCUGUCUGUAGGAAGUGACCUGGACCUGGCGGACACGCCCACUCCUACGUACCCUCUGCGUCGGUCCUGGGACGCCAACCAGGACGGAGCCGGGAUGGAGGUGUUGAUGUCCAGCUGCUCCCUGUGUCGUGGCUGUAACUCUCUGGUCUAUGACGAGGAGAUCAUGGCCGGCUGGACGUCGGAUGACUCCAACCUGAACACCUCCUGCCCGUUCUGCAGCGCCUCCUUCGUCCCCUUCCUCAACGCAGAGAUCUGUGACCUGGGACCCGUCAGCAGUGCUGAGCGCAGCAUGUGGAACCUGGAGGACGAGGUGGAGAGCGCUGCGAGGCCCCCCAGUGGCCACGAGGCGUCACUACGGCUCAGCAACGGCCUGAGUGAAGACUCCAGCUCAGAGACCAGCCAAGCUACCACGGGCUCUUCGGUGGGUGGGGCUCCCCAGGUGGGCGUGGCCUACCUGAGCCCCCUGGUCCUGAGGAAGGAGCUGGAGAGUCUCCUGGAGAACGAGGGGGAGUCGGUUCUGGCGCAGCCUCAGCUCCUGGACAACCACUCCAUCAUCUACUGGAACCUGGUCUGGUGCUUCCAGAGGCUCGGCCUCCCCAGCCACCUGCUGCACCUGGUCCGCACCUCGCCCCUGGUCAGCCACUUCACCCAGUCUGAGAACUCUGCGGUGAGAGUUCGGCUCCUGUGGGACACGCUGACCCCCGACACCGACCAGUGGCCCCCGCUCUACGUCGUCUGGAGGAUCCACAGUGGCGUCCCGAUGAAGAACUACAGCUGGAGGAGACACAACCACCCGUUCGGGCUUCCCUUCCUGGAGGAGGUGCUUCGCUGCGUCGGUAUGAACGAGGUGCACAAGGCGGUCACGCUCUUCCUGGACACGCUAGCCAAGCAGCCGGGGGCCCCCACCACCCAGAGGAGUUUGUACCGAGAGCUUCUCUUCCUCACACUGGCAGCCAUGGGAAAAGAUCACAUCGCUGCCUUCGAUAAGAAGUUCCGGGCGUCGUACUCGCGUCUCAGCAGCUCGUUGGGUCGAGACCAGGUCCACAAGAACCGAGCUCAGCCCCCCAGUCCCAAAGCAGUGGACUGCAGACGCAGCUUCCACCCCCCACUGGACCUGUGAGACACUCCCCCCAGAGACAUGUCCCCCCAGAGACACACACCCCCAGAGACAUGUCCCCUCAGAGACACACACCCCCAGAGACACAUCCCCAGUCCCAAAGCAGUGGACUGUAGACGCAAACUUCCACCCCCUGGACCUGUGAGACACGUCCCCAGAGACGCCCAGGAGACACCUCCUCCUCCUCCUCCUCCUCCUCUACCUCCUAUUCUUCCUCCUCCUCCUCCUCCUUCCCAUGGAAAGACUCCAGACAGAAAGUGGGCGGAGUUGAUGAGGAGGCAGAGGUGCACCCUGGGAAAUGUUGUUGUUUUUGUUGUUGUUGUUUUUUAACUGGUUUCUGUCUGAUCCAGACCAGAACUGUUUGACCUGAGGAGGAAACGUGUGAACUCUCUAUUUAAAACCUGACUCUGCUUGUUUGCUCUAAUUUAUCCAUCCAUGUGAUUCAGUUUCAGGAAACGUUGGUUGUUGUUGUUGUUGUUGUUUGUUUUUUAAAAAAACACAAAAAUAAAAGACGCUGAGAGGAGGAGAUGUCA